ACAUAACCUUUUUUUAACUUCAUCUUCACCAAUUUUCACAAAAAUAGUGUAAUAAAAGUAAAACAUCCCCGUAUCAUAAAUUUGUUCGAUUUCGGGCAUAUUUGCUGGAAAAAUAAAAACCGCAAUAUGGCCGAUGAUGGUGAAAACGUGUCGGUUAUGACUGUGAAAGAACCCUUAGACCUUAUAAGGCUAAGCUUAGAUGAGAGGAUUUACGUUAAAAUGAGAAAUGAACGAGAAUUACGAGGCAAGUUACAUGCUUACGAUCAACAUUUGAACAUGGUUUUGGGAGAUGCAGAAGAAACAAUAACAACAGUUGAAAUAGAUGAAGAGACAUAUGAAGAAGUUUACAGAACAACAAAACGGAACAUACCAAUGUUAUUUGUAAGAGGUGAUGGUGUUAUACUUGUAUCACCUCCUGUACGAGUGGGAGUUUGAAAUAGAUAAUAAAAGUACAUACAAAACCAAUUUUUAUUUCUGUCCCAAUA